AUGACCGACGAGGAACAAGGCAUCCAGCGCCCGGCGCAAACCUACCAGACCCCCGACUGGGAGACUCCCACGGCCAAUAAGCGUCGCUCGUUCUUUGAUCGCUUCGCUCCAGCGACGACUGGCCACCAACGCGACAAUAGCACCACUGCUGCUCCCACGGCGACGAACGAAGGUGGCUUCGCGAAAGAGGAUACCCAACGCUCAGAUGAUCACGCCCAUCUGACCGCUCCUACCACCGGCGCGGCGGCCGCUACAGGCGCAACGACAGCAUCCAAGGCCCAUCCCUCCCUAGCAGCUCGCUUCGAUGCUCUCCUCCCGCCACAAAAGACCUACUUUGGCCUUUCUCGAAAGCGAUUCCUUCUCUUCGUUGUCUUGCCCCUAGCGGUCUUGCUCCUGCUCAUCCUCCCUCUAGCCCUCGGCCUCGGUCUCUCUAAGCGUGGCGGAGGAAAGCAAGAUUUACCGCUUCCGAACAACCAAGACGUUCACACGGGUGAUCUCACGUACUAUGCUCCCGGGCUCGGCGCCUGCGGAAAGACGAGCAGCGACAGCGACAUGAUUGUCUCGGUUUCGCACUAUCUGUGGGACGACGUGCAGAGCGGCGGCAAUCCGAACAAUAACCCGCUAUGCGGCAAGAAGAUCCGCGUCCGGCGUGAUGGCGAGGGAUCGGUGGAUGUCACCGUUGUGGAUCGAUGCACCGGCUGCGCGCCAACCGAUCUCGAUUUAAGCCCGGCGGUUUUCAACAAAUUGGCCAAUAAGGACGAAGGCAGGGUCACUGGCACUUGGAGUUGGUUGGACUGA